AUGGUUUAAGACUUCAAAAGCACUUUAAUGUUCAAGAAGCAUUUGCCAUUGAAUUACAGCAAUGAAUUUGAGUAAUUCACUUACAAAAACCAGCUUAAGUUCAUAAUUAACGGAUUAACUUAAUUCAAGCCAGAAGAUAGGUUAUCGAUAAAAGACGUUUUAAUUAUAUUAAAAGGAAUUAUUUCAUUUGAAUUUUAACUAGAUUAGAAAUUUAUCGAAUUCAUGGAUGAUCAUGAUCAAACCACUUAGCAAUUCAUUCGCAAAUUCAAAAAAGACAUUGAAUUUGUUUAAAAUUCUUCACAGAAAUUUUAUCCUAUUAUUAAAAAGGAAUAGGACUUCAUCUAAGAGAUUCUCUCAAAGCAAUAGUAAGGACAGGAUGCAAUAAUCUCUCAGUUACGCCAAUCAAAUAUCUAAUUAGAAUAACAAAUUAAAUCAUUUAAAGAUAUUCAAAAGCAAUUAGAAAAUGAAUUAAAAGCACUUAGAAAUCAAAAAGUUUAGUUGGAAGCAACAACAGUUGAGUCAAAUCAAACAAUUAUCUUGCUAAAAUAAGAAAUAGAAAAAUUAAAGCAGACUCAAAAAACAUUAGAAAAUGAUUUGAAAGCAUAAUCUAAUUAAAAGCAGAAUAUUUAGAAUUUGAAUUCAUUUUAACUUUUCGUUUCUUAAUAGCAAAUUAAAAAAAAGGAAGAAGAAGAAGCUUUAAAAAAGCAAAAGCAAAAACAAGAACAAGAAAAGUAAUUUCAAUUGCAAAAAGCUUAAAACAAGUAAUAAAUUAAAAUUUUCUACACUUAGAAAAUUAACUAAAUGGUUAAGUUCAUAUUUAAUUUAAAUUAAUUUAAGACAAAUUUAUUUUGUUUUAGUUAAUUUAAAUUCAAUUAAUUUUUACACAACAAGCCAAAAAUGAAACAUAAAAAGUAGUUUAUAAUAGAGUAAUCAAACAAACAAACAUAUUAAAUUUUUAAGAAUAAAUCUAAAAAUAUAAAAAUAGAAAAAGCAUAUUUUCCAAAAUUUUCUAUUUAUUUCCUCCAUUUUAUAUUUAAUGAAUGUUAAAAGUUAAAAAUAACUUGA